UGGUAUCAUCGUGACAAAGUUGAUGUUUUGUUUACACCGACGCUCCCUGGGACUUUUUCACAUUUUCCACACUUUUCUUGCGAUUGUCUCAGAAAAAGCUGUCUUUUCGGCCUCUGAGGCACUCAAUUCACGGUAAGUGACUAUUGUUAGAGCAUCUGAGACGGUCCCAAGGGAGUUUUUUUUUCGCGUGUCCGGAAACCCUUUCCGGGUGUUUGAUGAGCGCAACAAGCCUAGAGAGAAGUGUGCUUUAAUUUGUCCAGCAGGUUUUCUUGAUAGUUGCCCAAGGAUAUGCGGGUAAGUAUUGGUGUCCCAUCCUGGUUGAGAGAUCAGUGAGAAAUCACUUGUUGCCAGAGUGAGUGCCUUCACUAAUUUUCUCCUUCACUCUUUUCUCUCCAUCUCGUUCUGCAGGUGAAAUCACGGCCAAAAGGAGUCCAUCCAGUGUCCAGAGAGUUGAUAAGCAGUGAUCUUUUGACGUGAAUUUUUGGUUCAAACACUCGUGAAUCUCGCGACGGACGUAUUUUGUCCAAUUUGGCAAUUUCUCACGCGUUUUUGCCACGGAUUUUCGAGGCAUUUCGACAGCGAGUGCAGUGAGAUUGUGGAAGUUUCAGGGCAUUUAGUGUGAUGGAGUCGAAAGAUGGUAUCGCCAGGUCAAAGGUGGAAGAAGACAUCGAGAAGCAUGUUCUCAGCACAACCGUGAAGCUCUCAGAUGGAACAGUAGGCAAUGUGUUCAGCCGCGGCGCUCGCAAUGAGUUCCAGGUCUUUCUCUACAACUGCCAUGUGUGCGGAGUGCCCAAUCUGCCCGGCGAGAGGUGCCUGCAGACCCACAUCAGCGGCAGGAAGCACCAGAUGCGCCUGGCGCAGGGCGUCAUUGAUGCCACAGCCUUCAGGGCGCCGAUGCAGGCGAAGAGCAAGAUUCAAAUGCACAUCGCUCCGGGAGAACCUGUGCCGCCUGGCUUUGAGAAUGAGGUGAAGCUGAUUGCCGAGCUGCAAUCGGUGCUGGACAGAAAUAGAGAGGACAACUAUGUCGGUCUGGAGUAUCUCAUGGAGUUGACUGGUGCCAGAGAGACUUCGUAUCACUGCACGCUGUGCGACAAGCGCGGCGAUCCGUGCACCAUUCUCAGUCACCUUGUGAGCUACAAUCAUCGAUUGAAGUACUUGGACAAGCACUAUCCGUCGUGCGUGCGAGAAUUCGGGGAGUUUCGCUAUCAGAAGGAGGCGCGUCCGGUGCUAACGAAGGUGAUUCAGUCGAUUUGUGCGGCCAUUGAGGAGACGCACGGUCGCUUGACGCCUUCGGUGCACGACAAGGAUGAGUACGAGAGGAACAAGAUGAAGUACUUAACGGAGGUGAUCAGUGAGAAGCACUUUGAUGAGAAGACGGGGCCGAAGUUUGUGAAAUUGGUGGACAAAGUGAAGAUUGCCGAUAUGAUAAGGCGCUCGAAGAUCAGCUUGAAUUUGAGGAAGAGAACUUCAUCGCCAGAUACGGAGAUGAUGCGCGGCGGUGGUGGAAGAGAGCGUCUAGAUUCGGUGUCGAGUAUCUCGAGUUCGUCCAUGAAGUCCGGCAGUCGCUCGCCAAGAGCCAAGAGAUCUCGACGAAGGCGCUCAAAGUCGGCGUCGCCAAAAGUGAGGAAUUCCGCGAGGUCGGAUCGAGUGGAAAGAUUAGAUUUCCGACGCCGGCCGAAGGACAGCGACGAGAAGGUUAACAAACGGCCCUUUCCCACGCCCGAGGAGCUGUCCAGGCAGGCGAAUGAGAUCCAGGAGGAGCGCUACAAGUGGGAGAAGUACAGGUGUCUGGUGGAGAAGGCAGUGGAGGACUUGAGUAAGGUGGCAAAGGAGCACGAGAAGAAUCCGGAGAAGCAUCCGCUGUAUCCUGAAGAGUGGAAGAGAUUCUGGAAUCGGCGGUAUAAGGAGUUGCAGCAGGAGAAGAAGGAUCCGGCGAAGCAUGACUUCAAGCCGGAGUGGAUCAAGUUCUGGACGCACAGGAUGAAGGAGUUGCAUGAGGAGGAGAUUGAUGAGAAGAAGCGCGAGAUCAGGGCAAAGGUGGGAUUGCCACUGGAGGAGGAGAGAAAACUGCCCGUGUCAUCUGUGGAGGUGAUUAAAAUUCUGGACAGUCCGGAUUCGAUUGAAAUGGGCAGGAAGGGGAGCUUGAGUCCGUUGUCUGAUGAUGGUGGACGGAAGAUACGCAUCUCACCAAGACGAAGUCGUGCCCGAAGUCCACGCUCCAAGUCGCCCAGCCGACGCAGGAGUCGCUCGAGGAGUCGUCGCAGUCGCAGCUACUCGCCCAGCAAGCGAUCGUACUCGCCGCGCUCCAGGGAGCGUUCGGAGCGAUCGGACAGAUACUAUGAGAGAUCUUCCGUGAGAUAUGCUCCGCCGCCGGAUCCGUAUUACAACUUUGAAGAGUGGGCGAGCUACUAUGGGCCGCACAAGAGCAGACCUGUGUUCGGGAGAUCAGCCACGAGUGCUUAUCCGGAGGCACCUGAGGAACCAGAAACGGAUGAGCCACUGACAGUUGUGUCCGUGCUGCGCCUCUUGACUGCUCUGGAGGAGCAUUUGGGCAGUCUGGGGCCGAAGUGUAUUGAUUUGCUGGCCAAAGCGCUGGCGCUGGAGAAGGUGAAAGCCAAUUCGGCAGAUGAGAUGCUCGUGAAUGAGGACACAUGCACGUUCUUCGAGACGACCAAGGAGAAGCUGAAGGGACAGAUCCUGGCUGGUGUGAUGGAGGCGGGCAAGGUGAAGGCGGUGAAGAAGGCGAUCAAGAACAUUGCGGCGCUGAUUCACAUGGUGACGAAGAAGCGUGAGGAGAGGGCCAAUGGGGAGGCGAAGGAAGCCGCGGCGGCGGCGAAGGAGAGUGACAAGGUGGAAGCAAAGGCAGCUGUGGCGACGCCUGGCUUGGACAGAAGCAAGAUAUCGCUGAAGCUGUCGGCGGAGUUGAGCACACAGGGCAGAGAUGACAUCACGCAGAUUGAACUGGAGCAGUUGGUGCUGGUGUUCGUGGGCAUGUUGCAGCGCUCGAAGCAGACGGGCGACAUUGUGACGGUCCGGGAUUUCCUGGAGGAGAAUGACGUACGCCUGGUGAGAGGUGGUGAGAAGACAAUGGUGGACAUUAAGAAGACUGUUGAGGAGGAGUUCAAUUUCAAGGAGGACGCAACGGCACAAAGCGACGCAAAUGCCCUGGAGAGUCUCACGGAUUCGGACCUGCAGACACUGCUGCAGAACUUCAAGGAUUUGUCGUCGGAGGAGCAACACCACCUCAUCUCAUAUCUGAAGAAGCUGGAGGCCACGGAUCCCACGCGAGUGGAGAAACUGCGGAAGUUUGUGAAUCUCGAUGUGGGUGAGAAGCGAAAGGCGUCGUCGUCGCAGGAUACAGCAAUUGCAGCGCCCGAUGAGCGCACAGAAGUGCUACCCAAGGCGAAGGAGAAGAGGAUUCAGUCCAUCUAUGAUUCGGAGGAUGACGAUGAUGAUGAUGAUGACUACAAUUUCGAUGAUGUUGUGAAGGCGGCGUCGAAGAAUGUGAAGGAGAAGCAGAUGCAGGAUCGCAUGAAAGUCGUGCAGGAGUCGCUGCAGCAGAAAUCCUCCUUGGAGGAGACUUCCAGUUCAGGUGGCUCAACGAAUCCAGUGACGAAUGUCAGCGCGUAUUCGGCUGAUGCACAGGCGCUGAUCGCCAAUAUCAUGGGAUCUCUGCAGAAGAAUGUGGCCAGGACAAGUCAGUCAGGAGAGGCGCAGGAGACAGCCAACGCCGGUGGCAUGAACAGUCUACCCUACUAUCAGCAAGCCACGGCUUACGAUUCCUACGGAGCGCCACAGGCCAACAGCUACUAUCAAGGCUUCGGGAUGCAAAAUUCCGGCGCAGGCUUGUUUCCGUCAGCCGGCGCAAUGAAUCCUGGACAGCAGCCCAUCUUCCCAAAUGCCCAGCAACAGCAGCAGCAGCAACAGGCAAGCCAGUGGCAGAAUUCCACGUACAACAAGUACUACUAACCACUAAAUCUAU